GGGAAUCCACAGCUGAUCCGUUCGCCAAUGGCGCGUCGCCGCUUGUGGGCCUUAACUUUGUUACCACUCAGCGCAUGUUGGCUUGGCAGUCCCCGCCGUCGCGGAGCGAUCCCGCGCCCGGCGGUCCAAAACUCGGCCUCGACCACGGUGGAUGGUCCCAUUGAGGCAGUGGGCAGAUGGUGGAACGAGACCUACGAAUUCUUUGAUGCAUUGGAAAUUUGGAAUGCCCCAUCUUUGAAGGAAGACAAGCGACCUGAGGCUGUUGAGUUGCAUGAUUUGGUGGAACGGAUGUUGGAUCUGACGAACGGUACCAAGCCCAAGACCAGCGCGGAAGCGAAAGCAGCGGCCAAAGACGAAAGCAGCAAACAGGAAGUCUCGCGGAUUCUGGAGCUGCUUCCGGCAGCCACCAUUGCGUACUACAGGAUGCGCUUUGUCAGUGUCUUCGAGAAGCCACCGGUGAAGCGUGGCCUUUCGAGUACCGCAGUCUAUGCAAACCUGGCGCUGUUGGCGGUGUUUGCCAGAGUUGUAGCACCUCGAUUGCUGGCAGCCGACAAUCUCGAUGAAUUCUUUGAGGCCGUCCAGCCGUUGGGUGUGCCAGAUCGUGCUUCCUUGAUGGGCAUCCUUCAAUCCAUUGCUGACUACGACACUGGCUUGAAGAUUUUGCUCUAUGUGGCGAUCUUCAUCGUCGAAAAGUUGUUUAUGCUCACGGAGUUUCUACCCAUUCAGAUCAUCCUGAAGACCCUGGCGCCGAUCAUCUUCGGAGGCUUGGUGCAGGGCGCCUUGGCCUCGGCGGCCACGGAGACCUUGGCGGCGUGUUGCAACUUUUUGAUCGGACGCAACUUCCUGAAGGACCAACUGGAAGGUUUUUCCAUCUUCGGCAGCGAACCCUUGGGAAAAGCUGAGUGGUUCGGCAAGUUGCAAAAGGCCGCGAAGGAAGAUGGCUUGCGCUUGGCACUGUUGCUGCGCUUGUCGCCAGUUCUGCCCAUCCCCUUUGACUCAUAUUGGUACCUGCUGGGUGCAUUGCCAUUGGCCCUGCCAGACUUUGCCAUUGCCCACUUCGCUGCCUGCUUGAAGACGGCGUUCUUGGAUGCGUCCUUUGGUAUGCUGCUGCUGACUUCUGUCGGCAAUGAUGGGAGCGUUGUGCAAACGCAGGCCCAGCAGAUCGUGUUGGUGGAAUCCAUUGCCUUCGCAGUCGUUGCGGUGUUGGUGAGUACUGUGGCCACCAGGCUGAUUAAUGAGCUUUUGGGUUUGGAUGAGGUGACCCCAGAGACCGAGCCCAAAGUGGCAAAGCGCCUGGACUAGGCAAAA